AUGUCUUUGUCUUCCAACCAUUCUGCGUGGCUUCGGCCGCGCAUUACAUUCCUUGGGUUCCUGAACAUCGCUCUGUUUACCUUGUUGUUCUCUGUUCGCACAUCUUCCGCCAUAACGGUGCCCUUCCGGCUCCCAGCGAGUCCCGGGUAUCAAGGCAGGUCAGUUGCUUGUCCAGCCCGAUGUGCCGCAUCGGGACCUAACCCUGCCAACUGGUCCCUGUAUCACAACUUCGAACAAUUCGCCUCAUGCGAAGAGUCUCUCUUUUACUCCUUCUCCUUUUUUGAUCCCGUCGAUGACCCUGACAGCCUUCAUCGCAUCUACACCUGCACCUCUUUCGGCCCAGAUUGGGCAAAUCUGCCGGCAAACACAUCGAGCCUUGUCUCGCAGUCAGACGGAGCCCCGGCGCCCGUCAACGGCACAUAUCAGAUUGGAGAUUGGCCCUCUGCUCCGGGCUCAUUGGUCUCAUCUUCUCUAGCUACCCUCAUCAGGCAGUUUCGCCAAUAUCUGUCCAGUGGAUUUGGCGCUGUGAACCGUCCGACCAUUCUCUUCGCCAGCUAUGGGUCUACCUCGGUUGGUCUUUACAUUGGUCAAGGUCUGCAGAACCAGGGCAUUGGUGACAUUGCACUGGCACACUUGGAGAAUUCCAUUGCAAUAACAUCCAAUGCUAACCUUUCGGCGAGUGUGGCCAUGCAAUUCUGCCAACCUGGUCAGACUUCUCGCCAGGUUUUUGGGCUGAUCGCCACCGGCAAUAGAACGUUCGCUGCCGUACAAGCCGCCCUCACAUCGUGGUCAAAGGCGGAAUGCUUGGCCUUCUCGUUGUUACAAAACGUAACAGGCACAGUCCCGCUCGUGACGCCAUUGUUCACUUCCUCGACCAACCUCAUCAGCACCAAUCUCACCUCGACUCACGGCAAUGCAACCUCCGUUCGGGGCAGGUCCCUCGCACCUCGAACCACCUGUUCUACCGUUCAGGUCAUCUCCGGUGAUAGUUGUGGUACUUUGGCUCAGAAAUGUGCUAUUACCCCGGCUCAAUUCACUAUGUAUAAUCCUGAGUCGAACGAGUGCUCUGCUCUGACGCCGGGAGAGCAUGUCUGCUGUUCGGCCGGCAUGUUGCCCGACUUCGCUCCUAAGCCCCAAUCCGAUGGCACUUGUGCGACCUACACCAUCCAGCCGGAUGACAGCUGUUCCACGAUUGGCGCUUCAUACAGCAUCACGGUGGAUGACAUCAACAAUUUCAACAACAACACAUGGGCUUGGAAUGGCUGCACGCGCCUCUACCCUCACAACGUUAUCUGUCUCAGUACGGGCAACCCACCAAUGCCCGCGUCUGUCUCCAAUGCAAUUUGCGGGCCACAGGUCCCCGGCACCCCGACCCCUCCCAGUGGGACGAAUAUCUCUAUGCUGAAUGAGUGCCCUCUUAAUGCGUGCUGCGAUGUAUGGGGUCAAUGUGGUACAACAGCCGGGUUCUGCACAAACACUGGCACUGGUGCCCCCGGAACCGCAGCGCGUGGCACCAAUGGCUGUAUCUCUAACUGCGGCACCAAUAUCGUGCUGAGCAGUCCUCCCGCAACGUACCGCAGUGUUGGUUUCUAUGAAGGAUUCAACUUGCAGCGUCCCUGUCUUUUUCAGGACAUCUCUCAGCUCGACAUUUCUGCCUACACCCAUAUUUACUUCUCCUUUGGCGUGCUAUCCUCCUCAUAUGUGGUCCAGAUCCCUGACACCACAACUACCUACGAGUUCAACCUGUUCAAACAGAUCAACGGCGCAAAACGCAUUCUGUCCAUUGGUGGCUGGGCAUUUUCCACCGACCCGAGCACUUACAUGAUUUUUCGUGAGGGCGUCACUGCCGCCAAUCGUCUGGCCAUGGCCACCAACAUUGCCAACUUCAUAGAAGAUAACGACCUUGAUGGUGUUAAUAUUGACUGGGAGUAUCCAGGAGCACCGGAUAUUCCUGGCAUCCCUGCUGCUAGCACUGAUGACGGUGAAAACUAUCUCGCUUUCCUUGCUGUAUUGAGAAAUCUCCUUCACGACAAAGAAAUCACGAUUGCGGCGCCGUCGUCCUAUUGGUAUCUAAAAGGCUUUCCAAUCAAGAAAAUGGCCCCGCUCUUGGACUACAUCAUAUACAUGACCUACGAUCUGCAUGGACAGUGGGACUCAAACAAUCAAUGGUCACAGCUUGGCUGCCCGACCGGCAAUUGUUUACGUUCGGACGUGAACCUCACCGAAAUAAUGGAGUCUUUGGUCAUGAUAACCAAAGCAGGUGUCCCGUCCAACCAGGUCGUUGUAGGAGUGACCAGCUACGGGCGCUCAUUCGCCAUGGCUGAAGCGGGCUGCUACGGGCCUCUAUGUAAAUUCUUGGGUUCAGCCGACGACUCGCAAGCUGACCCUGGGCCAUGUACUCAAACUCCAGGUUACAUUGCCAAUGCCGAAAUCGAGGCCAUCCUUGCCAACUCUAGCCGGGUCACCGAGAAUUAUAUCGACCCCACUAGCAACACCAAUAUCCUUGUUUACGAUGACACCCAAUGGGUCGGCUGGAUGAGCGAUGGCCUCAAAGCCUCACGAAGAUCGCUCUACAUGGGUUUAGCCAUGGGUGGAACUACCGAUUGGGCUACCGACCUGCAAAAGUACAACCCUCCCCCCUUGACCGCCAACAGCUGGGCUGGCCUAAUUGACGAUGUCGUCAUGGGUAAAGACCCUUACGAAGAGGGUAACCGAACCGGCAACUGGACUUCCUUAACUUGUUCGGAUCCGGCCAUACAAGAUGCCCUGUUCAUGCCAUGCUCACAACGCUGGUCGGAGCUGGACGCUUCCAACGCUUGGUCAGAUGCCAUCAACGUCUGGAAGUAUGUUGAUAAACCGAAAAUGCAAAGUGCCGAGCAAAGUUUCUCCUUGUCCAUCAUGAACACUUUCCAUGCCGGUGAAUUGACGGAUUGUGGACAGGUCGCUCCAUCUGGCCAUUGUUCGAACACCGAACCGUGUGGAUGGUUUCAAGGCUUCGGCAACGGCAGCGGUGAUUCUGGUCCCGCGGCUAUGCUGAUCUAUAAUUCCUUUACGGUUAUCAACUCGGCGUACUCCCAAUUUUAUGACGCCAUCAACGCAAUUGCUGGAACAUACAUUGACAGCCAGCUCCAGGACUUUGAGACCACUUUCGCACCGUUGCCCCCAGCCCCCAGCGACGAGUGGCUAGUGAUCUUGAUCAACCUUCUAGGUCUUGGUCUCACUGUGGUCGCCGCGCCAUUCUUCGAUGGAGUUUUUGCAAGUCUACCGGCACUUAGUUCGGCUCUUGGAGAUGCCGGCGCCGACGCCGCCAAAGAUAUUACCAAUGCCGCUGUGGCGUUUGGAGCCGCAAUUGCUUCCGCUGCAAUUCCUUCAAAGGCACCGGGUCAAUGGACAGCGGAGUCCCAGGAAAGUUUUACUGCCACUCUGGGGUCGGUAGUCUUUGGCUGGGCUGCCAUCGCCGAAAAUCAACUCUGGACUUUGUUCAACGGAUCAGAUACCUCCAUAACUCUCCUCGGGACCCUGAUUGCCAAUGGUAAUCUCAUUGAGGGCAGCGGCGGCAUCCCAUCGGUAAGCCCUGAACCAGACGCGGACACAAACACCCAGAUCGAGGGCUACAUCAGCAAGGCCUUCUUCGGCUUCGCCAUCCCGUCUGUGUGGGCCGUCUCCGGCACCGCCGCCUUCGUCGUUGACUCAGGCUAUCCCUGUAGCGCGCAGAACCCUUUGACCGAGUACAUGACCGUUGCCACCCAAGAGGCCACCUAUGCAUGCUACAAUGAUAAAUUGUACUAUCUGGUCUAUCCCCAUGGCAAGUGGAAUGGUUGUGCCGAUGAGAAUAUUGUGAAGAACGAUUGCGCUGGUUGUGACCCCGCACCACUGUGCGACCCUACGUAUUUCUCUGCUCCACCAGGACUAAGCACCCUCGGCUCCGGAUCCUGGGGAAACAUAACCUUGUCUGAUUUGAUUGAGGGGUCCGUCAGAACAUACGUUGCUAACGGCAAUACUAACGGAGCACCCGUCGCAAACCCGAUGGACAAGGAUACUCUCCAAGAUCUCUCAAACCAAGACAUCACCACUCCCGGAUAUAUCCGCCUCCCAGUCUGUAGCCCCCAAGUCGCCUGGGCCUCGUGGUCAACCCCAUCGCAGUCCAACUCCAGCGCACCCAACUACCCUUGCAACCCGCUGCAGGGCGUGACCAAGUGCAGCGGCUACACCUACCAGGACGAGACUUCCUCCGCGUCCCCGAAGGUGUCCGACUGUCAAACUAUCAUUAAGAACAUCCAGGGCACGAACGGCGAGUGGACCACUGGUAUCGGCCACCAACGCGAAAUUGCCAAGUUCGGCUCUUGCCAAUUUGGCGUCCAGAAUGUUGGCGUUACUGGCGACGUCACUUAUUACACUGGCAGUCAGGAUAUUGUUAACAUAAUCAACGAGGCAAUCUCGAGGUACGCCUCUGACGGUCUUGUCGGUGCGGCAGGGUACAUGGAGUGCAGUGGUGAUGCAGAUCAUCAGAAGGUCAAGUGGGGUGUGUAUUAG